AUGUCGGUCAAAGAUGAUGACAAGAUGGACACAACCGUCCCCGAUGAGGAGAACGACCCGGUGACAGCCACCUACCGCGUGUUCCUCAACCCUGCCCUCCCCCUCGGCCGCCGCCUGCUCGUCCUCCAGCACCCCAACCGCACAGACGACACCGCUCGCCCCCCUCCCACAGAGCUCCGGUUGAAGGCCCGUACUGGCAUGGUGGAGGUCGACAUCCCCCUGGAUGCCGGCUCGGCCGCCUACGACCGCGAGAAGGGCAUGAAGUGGGGUCGAAACCUCAAGGCCUCCAUGACGGCAAAGAGCGGCGGCAGCCACGGUCUCGCUGGCGGUUUCGGCGUCGGCGCCGUCCAGCAGCGAGGCGGGAAGAAGAAGGACCCGACGGAAGACGAUGACAUCUUCCUCGAUUGGAACGAGGCCGUUCGGCAGCAGAAGGUUCUCGCGACGCAGACCCUGGGCGGGCAGUACCCAGACGUCACCGACGUCCAGUACAUGGUUGGUGUCUUCCAAGGAAAGGAUCUUCACUUGACGCCCGUCUCCGAGCUCGUCCACCUCCGACCCCAGCUUCACCACAUCGACGCCACCGCCUACCUCGAGCGCCAGUCCGCCGCGAAGGAUGCGCCAGGUUCAGGCGCAGGUGCCGGCGCCGGCGCCGCUGGGGGAGCAGCCGCCCAGGCCCGCGCCAUCCACAUGACGAUCAAGAACACCGCCGAGGGCGACCGCGUCACCACCGAGACCAUGGCCGACCGUCUCCGAAACGUCCAGUCCGAGCCAUGGCGCAAGCUCCGCUACACGGACGAGAACGAGGAGGCCGCGUGGGACGUGUACAACGAGAGUCUCUUCCUGCGAGCAAAGGAGGACCCCAGCGAGGCGGACAAAGGAAAGGGCAUCGAGGAGGAAGAGCCGGAUCUGGAAACCGCCGUGCCCAAGUUCGCUACCAAUUGGGGCGAUGACGAGCUACUUGAGGCCGUGAGCGGGAUCAAGAAAGCCGAUCGGGAGGCUGAGGCUGCUCAAGCCGUCAAACCGGAGCCUACUGCGCCAGCAGUGCCGCCGCCGUCACUCCAGCCUACUACUCCAGCUGCUCGGGCUCCUCUAAGACCAAGAGGAGGAGCCGCUGCUGCUAGACGAGGUGGACGACCAAGGGCUCCCGCAAAGCCAGGACCUUCUACUACAGUGAAUAUCGAUUAA